CUUUCGCCUGAAAGUAGUUCUUUUUUAAUUGUCCAAGGUUUUUUUUUUUAAAGAUAAAACAUGGGAGUAUUUCUGUUCUUUGUCCUCUGCAGCUUGAUGGGUAGUGUUGCUUCUGGUAAAGAAAUUAUGUUAGAGCCAGACAGACCAUUCUUGAGGGUGAAGCUGUUUGACAGAGCUGAGCUGGAAUGCUGCUACAAAAAUGGACCCACAAAUGUUACUUGGGUGAAUCGCUUUUCACAUUCUGGCCAAAUGUACCCGGUGAACCAAUCUGAAGAGGUGUUUCAACAUUACAGCGAGUCAAAUGGCAAACAGUGUGGCUUCUUAAUCCUGAAGAAUGUCAAGCUGUGGGACACUGGGAUGUACCAGUGCCACUUUCACGACAUCAAAGUCUAUACGCACGGCACCUACUUGCAGGUCUUCAAGCCAAUCGAGAAGACAAUAAACCUCAGUGAGAGCACCAAAAACAAGAUCCUGACGGCUGAAGGAGUCUUGCUGCUGCUCUGUGUGGUUAUUCCUUCCGCUUCGCUUCUGUUCAAGUCGAAGAAACAAAAAAAACUGGAGAUGAAAAAAAUGAAACAAGAAGAGGAGAACAUAUAUCAGGGGCUGAAUCUAGAAGAUUGCUGUUCAACAUAUGAUCAGAUAGAACGCUCCCAGGGACAAAGCCAGUACCAGGAUGUGUGCACUGCUAUGGAAGAAAGGGAAGAAAUCCUGGAGAAACCAUGAAUGAAAGCGGACGAAGGGGGGAAAGCAGAGAAUCUAUUUUGGGAGCGGUGUGAAAUGUGGUUGGAUUAUGACACAUAAUGGGUUUCUUGAUUGCAGCACAUUAAGUUUUGAACAUUGCAGCCACAUUUUUAGCUUUCUUAAACUUGCAUUGCCUAACCACAUUUUUCCUUCUGGGAUUAAGACAUACAGUGUUGAAGCAAUCUCAACGCAACAUCUAUUCCAUCAAGAUUGCAGCAAGGAUUUUAUGGUCCAAAAUGAUCAAUAAUUGUUUUGCAGAUAUUGUGUCUUUAUUUUUAAAUGUUUUGGUUUUUCUUUUUCUUUUUUUCUUUAGCUGUUUUAGAAUUAGACGUUUAAGCCAUUUUAACAGAUUUAUGUGACCUUAUUCAGUUACUAGCUUGUAUAAUUUUCAUUUAAGCCUUAA